AUGAGUUAUUAAGUGAUAUUCUUGAUUUUGAUUAAGCUAAGUGUCCAAUCCACCAGAGUCAGGACUAAAGAAUCAUAUACAAUGAAUCAUGAAAUUGAAGAAGACACCAUUAGAAUGGCUCAUAAAAAGCAAACUGUGUAUGUGCUUAAUUUGACUAAUGCAUAUGAUGUUGAUGUAUUUGAUGAAUCUGAAUCUGACGAUCCAAUCUAGACUCCCAUUCUUUCUCUGGAUACUAAAGACGUUGAAUCAUUAGAAGUGAAAAAUUAAUGCGUAGGAUUUCCUAAACACCCCUAAUUAAAGGAGAUUUUGCAAUAUAAAAUAAAAGAUGCCACCGAGGAUUCCUAUUAUACAGAUAUGGUGACUCUGUCGGAGUAUUCAAAUUUAUUUUUAAUGACACAAGAACUACAACUUAUAUAGGUUAAACUACGUUGCAGUGAUUCUGGAUGGAUUGCCUAAGAAUCACAGAGCGUCUUUGAUUUGAAAAAGUAAUUGAAAUUGCCGAAUUCAACUAUAAUAGCCAACGCUUAAUUCAGUUGUCCAAAAAAACAUCUAAGUUGCUUAAUCAUAACUCCCUUUGGAGGGUUUUGGGUAUCCAAAUUUUCAGAUUUUGAUUCUAAUGAUUUGCCAAUUGAACCUCAUCCUGAAUAUAGGAUUUUACAAAGAAAGGUUGUUCACAAAGUAUCCACCUUUGGAGAAUACUUAGCUGUGGCUGUGGGGGACGAUGGCGUAGAUCUCUAUACUUACGAACAGGAGCCCUAAGACAUAUACAAAAGAAGCAUACUUCACUUAUUGACCAUCUCAAAGUAAUAGUUCAAUGUCACAAUCAAUAUUAUUGGAGUGAAGAUUGUGGAUGACAGACUCUUUUGUUUAGAUGACACCUAAGGAUUGUACAUUUUCAAUAUUUCCAAUAUCCAAAAGCCAGUCCUGAUAAUGGAUAUACAUAUACCCAGAACUGUAGCAUUUGAGGUGUACGAGAACACUAUUCUUGUUGUCGCCUAGACUCCAAGUAAUAUUGAGUACAUCUUGGAAAUCUUCAUUGAUUUGAGGGAUCACUCCUAUUUUGUGAAUAGAGUUUAUGUUGAUGAUUUUACAUAUAGGGACAUGUAGAUAAAUCCCAAUUAUGCAUUUUUGAUAGGAGAAGAAGCUCAUCUUAUAAUCAAACAUUCGAUUUUCAAUGGGUUUGUGAAAUACAAUAAGGAAUUGGUGAAGACUUUCUUUGAAAACUAAUUGGUGCGUUUUGAAUUAUACAGCAAAUCAAGUGAACCUGCAGAGCUAAGAUUCAAGGAGACUUUUUAUUAUGUAGGCUUAUCUCGUUAAGCCAUUCACGUAUGGAAAUUCAUGGAUUAUCAUGCCUUUUUAUUAUGCAGUUUUGAUGAGAAGUCAGAACAUGAAAUCAUAGUUAAAUUGAACUCGACAUCCUGUGAUUAAAAUAAUCAGAGGGACAGUCUAUAUCAAUAAUGCUAAGCAGAGUAGAAAAUCAAUAUCCUAGUCUCUGGACCAUUAUUCUACUCAGACACCUUUACAGUUUUGGUCUUUAUUCUAAUUUUCUUGGGAAUUGUUUUGUGUAUCAUAUGUAUUUGUGUAUGUGUUCGUUGGAGAAGAUUGCUGAGAGAACUAGAAGAUAACAGAUAUUAGUUAAAAGAAAUGAAGAGGUACGGACAAUUACCGGAAUAGGAAUAAAAUCAAAUAUGA